UUUGCAAAGGUCGGACAGGCUUGAUGGUAUCUGCUUACCUUGUUUAUAGUGGCAUGUCAGCAGAGGAGGCUCUUCAAGUGUAUGCACAUAAACGGACUACCAAUAAUGAAGGAGUCUCAAUACCAAGCCAACGGCGUUAUGUAGGGUACUGGGAGAAUACAGUUUCUAUUCCUAGGGGAGUUGAUCAUGGCCCUCCAUCUGUGAACUCGCCUGAACUAUGUAGCAGAGAAUUGGUUCGAAUUCGACUUUAUGACACGGUUAACACUGGCUCUGUCUUCUUUGUGGUCUCAGAGUUACAAGAGGUGCCUUACAUCACUACUGCUUUGAUGGAUGCGAAGCUUGGCACGAAAGACCGCAAGGAUCUUUUUGAUUGGCUAUCAAGGCAACUUAGUGGAUUAAGCAAUUUUCCUGAUGCUGUAAAUUUGAAUUAUGUAUUGUUUCAAAUUGUUAUGCGAGAUCGAUGUGACUUGUGAAUGAAAACUUAGAAUAGUAAUAUUGUGUCGAAUGUUAAUGAAUUAUGUAUUUUGUCGAAUGUUAAUGAUUCAGUUAAUUUGAAUGAUGCUU